AUGCUACGGAAAAAGGGCCGCGAGUUGCAGAGUAUGCUAAGGGGUCUGGGGGCUGAGGAGUGGAAUGAAGAAGCGGAAGCGCCAAAUGCAGGAGUAUCGAACGAAGAAGCGCCAGACGAAGAACCAUCCCAUACUGCUACCCAAGACGAAGAAAACGAAGACGAAGAAAACGAAGACGAAGAAAACGAAAACGAAGAAAACGAAGACGAAGAACCACCCUAUCCCGCCAGCCAAGAAAACGAAGACUCCAUCUCCCUCCCCUCAAACCCCUACCCCGAAGACGACUUCCUCCUCCCCCUAACCCGACAACCCGCACGAACCACACCACCCCCGCCCUUCCCCUCCCCUCCCAACCUAAUCAUCCACCCAAACUCCUCACCUGGACUAUCGAUUCCAUCACCCGGACUAUCGAUACCAUCGAACCCCUACCCCGAAGACGCACCGCCCUCACCAACCCCCUCCUUCUCCCAGCCCCCUCCACCACCACCACCACCACCACCUCGACCCACACAGUCCCCAUCCCCAUACUACCGCGCCGUAACACCGCCUACACCCCACUCUCGCUUCCCGAUCUAUCCUGUUGACAGGACGAUUUCGCCUAUUAGUCCGUUUAAUGCGAGUAGGCAUUUGAUUUCUGCGGAGGGGACGGCGUCGAGCCUGAGUUACCGGAUUGAGCAUCGACGAGAAGGAAAUGAUGGAUACAACAAUGAUGAUGAUGGUGUAGAAGGGGGGUAUACGUAUGCGCCUAAUCAUCCUUACCACGGUAUGAGUGCUCAAGAGACGAGCGAGUAUUGGCUUGGGCUUGAGGGGUAUCAUACAGAGAGUGAGCGGAAUUUGAGGAGGAGGGGUGAAGGGAGGGGGAGGAGACGGACGGUGUCUUCGCCUGUGCAGUAUGAUCAUGAGAGGGUGUUUGGGUCUGUGGGGGAGAGUUAUGAGGGCGGUAGUACAAGGGAACGGGAGGAUGAGGUCAGGCGGCGGUAUUUAGACGCCUUGACUGGUGAAGAGAGAAGGAUGGCGGAAGAAGAGGACGAAGAGGAGUUCGCCAUGAGGACUUCCUCUGGGGAAACCAAUGCGGGCAGGAAGAACAUGAUGAACCGGCUCCUAAGCACCUUUGCAUGUCGACCCGGAACCGUCACACCACUACAAACCACCACCCCCAAUCCAACCAACACAAACACACCCACUACCCUCGCCGUACCCCUUACCCCAAAGAAAUACACCCUAGCCUACCUCUCCCACAAAAUACACCGAACCCAAAAAAGACAAGAAGAAGCCAGACUCCGAGAACGCCUCAUGGCCCUCCGCCUAGCCGAACCAUCUGCGCCGCAAACCCAGCACAUCGAAAACAUCAACAUCAACAACCCCACAGAAAUCCCCGUUCUCAUACCCAAACCCAAAGCGAAGAGGAGGAAAGACAGCACACAGCCCAACCCACCUUCUCUUGUCCCAAACCUAGAAAGCCGGACGCAGAGUGUUAUUGGUCCGCCAGUUGGGCUUUCGCAGAUGAUUCAGAGGGCGCCGGGGAGUGUUAGGGUGGUGACGCCUUUGCCUGUUUCUGUAUAUUCGGAGACAGGGUCUUCAGGUGGAGAGAGGGGGGAAGAGGUUGAAGAGGAGGUACAGCAUGGACCAAGACAAGAGCACUCAGGCUCAAGUCUCUCGGAUCGGUUGCGGCAAACGCAACUUGAAGAUCUACCUCUGCAACAGGAUGCAGCGCAGGAGAUACGGGAUUUGAUGAUGGCGCUUGAACGGGAUCAACACCACCUUAUUGUCAAGACUGCGCCGCCUUCGCAUAGUGGCACAGCAUCCUAUGAUCCCAGCCCGAACGCACCAGCUAUCCAACGAGCAGAUGAACUACCCGCUGGAUUCUCGACCUCAUCACCCCAGGCCAGCCUCUCCCCCCACGAAAAUCUUGAACGACACUUCCGUACACAACGCCAAGUCAAUGAGCGUUUCCUCCAUCCCAUUCGUGCGAUAACUUCGCAGUCGAGUAGUCGGACGCUGCCGAGGAGCUAUCGGGUACCGGAGGGGCAUGGUGGAGGGAGAGGUGUGCUGCGGGUUACUAACGCGGUUGUGCAGGGAGAGGAAUUGGAGGGAAGUAACGAGAUUGGGGUUGGGGUUGAUGGUGGUGAGGAUGGUAAGGGUGGUAGUAGUGCGAAUAAUGUUGUUGAGAAUCAGCAAGAUGGGACUGAGGAGUUAGCGGCGGGUGGAGAAGAGCAGAAGGGUGAAUCUCUACUCCGAUAUAAUAGUGACGAGGAAGGUGGGAGAGAUGUGACAGAGGCUGGAUGA